UUGAGACCACUCGUCAAUAUAGCACGAGAACCGAAGCCAGCUGAUCCUAUCGAAGCAUCCCGUAGGGUACGCAACGCUUACGCCCGAUGGGAAGAGAUUCUGGAGAUUCAGACGAGGUCGUGGAGCUACAGAGAUGACCUCCUGACUAGCAUAGCAGGAUUGGCCGAAGAGUGUGCCAAGAUUACGGAAGACACAUACCUUGCUGGUCCAUGGAUGAACGACCUACAGCACGGGCUUGUUUGGGAAACUUUGAACCCAGAUGUUGGAACCCUUGAGGCAACACUCCAGCAGAAGAGGAAUCAAAAGCCUUACGUGGGCCCGUCGUGGAGUUGGGUAUCUCAACUACGGCCGUUCGAGGUUCUACCAUGUCGGCGCUACAAUGUGGACAAUCCAAGGCCACCGGAGGAACUUCCAAGCAACCAGAAGAUCAUGUCGUUAUCAGAAACACUGCCAGCCCAUGUUCGAGCCGAGUUCACAGUCACGAAGCAUCACAUGGACUUUCAAUGGAGCAGUCCGUUCGGCAGACUCAACCCCGAUUCAUAUCUUCGAAUAAGCGCCUCAUUGUCCGAUCUCCCGUCGGUUGUGAUCAUCGAACCUCGACGCAAGGGAAACCCCCCGAUUGGAUACUUUUCCAAUGGGAGUGGUCUCUGCAUGUUUGACUGGUCCGUGGAAAUCACUACAGUUUAGCAACCCGAUCAGAUGAAGCUCUUGUUGACUUUCAGUUAUUGUUUUAAGACAAAUAAUCGGGGUAAACUGCGAUACCUAUCCAGUCUGCGAGACGGACCGGGGAUGUCUUUCCCUUUUCCAGAGGGCGAAACGGUCUUUGAUGAUGAAGAUUGGCAAAGGCCAGAGCAUUGUUCGUUCUGCCAAGAUAGUGAGGCUCCAAAGACUAUUUGGGGGCUCGUCGUUCAUCCGGCGGAUCGCCUGGAAGGCUAUUACCGGGUUGGAAUAUUUCUCAUAUUUUCUGAAAGCGCCCAUGCGAAUCUCUUUGCGGUCAGAGAAAAGCAGGACGUAGUGCUAGGUUAGAUUCCCCUUAAGGUUGAGAACACUAUAAGCAAAUGCAUUUUUCUACCUACAUUAAAUCCACCUCAGGAGGAAAGGCCUCCAUUCACGAUGAACUAAUCGCAUUCUACAACCCCAUGGGAAUAAGUUCGCUUGCCGAGUCUGAC